AGAAACCAAAGCGCAUAUAUUUUAGUGAAGAGGUUGAAGCGUUCUCUACCAGCUCCGGGUUGGAAAACUGGACAUCUACCUGCUCCUUUCAUGCUAGGGAACACACGCUUUUGCAAGCAUUCUGGCGCCGAGCUAGAAUUUGGAGAAGUGGAGACGAAGGAGGAAAAAUGAAUGACGGAGUGACCGUUUAAUUUCGAUUUUACACUUUCUGCUAUUGUUCAUUGGUAUUUUUUCCCCCCAUAUCUUGCAUAAGCACGUUGGUUUGGCUCGAAUGAAUUACGAGAAUCACUUGUGUUCACCAGAGUUGAUGUGCAAAGCGACGGGACACAGCAAGAGUAUCACGGAUGUCUCUGAGCAGGGAUAAACGUCAAGCCUUAACUAACCUCAUGAAGUGAUUGAACGUUAACCUGAACGACUGAGAAGGAUUUAUGGCAAGAUACAACUUAUGGAUUUGAUUUCUUCUGCGGUUUUUAACCCGUACGUCGGGGUAUUGUUCAAUGCGCUGGCAAUUGUUACAAAACGCUGAAACAAUCAGGAGCGUUAUGCUGCUUUUUAGUACCUCGGCGCACAGGAGGGUCUGAUUUCCAUGAUGUCGGGGGUCUACGGUUUGAUUGCUCGUUCUGGAAAAUGAUUACUGUGAACACAGACGGUAAAAUAAUGGUGAGGAGAUGCCUUGUGACGUUCAAACCGUUCAGGAUUUUCGUGGUGGGGGUCGGCUUCUUCAGCCUGUGCUUUCUAAUGACGUCCCUGGGGGGCCAGUUCUCGGCCAAGCGACUGGGGGACUCUCCCUUCACCAUCAGAACGGAAGUGCUGGGGGGACUGGAAUCCCGUGGGGUCCUGCGCAAAAUCAGCGACAUGCUGGAGGUCAUCCUGAAGAGGAUCGACGCCCUGGCCAAGCUGGGCAACGCCAGCGACUCCCGCAGGCUGGAGGAGCUCAGCUCCGCCAUCAACAGGUUUCAGCCAGCAGGGCUGGUGGAGAGGAUCCAGGCCAUUGCCCAGAACGUGUCCAACAUGGCGGUGCGCGUGGAGCAGAUCCUGCAGCACAGUAUGGCGGCAGGCAGAGUGAUUAGAGAUGGUUCGGCGGGUCAGUGUGAGGUUCCCAAGGACCCCCAAUAUCCGGACUGCGCCAGCAAAGUGGAUUGGAUGCGGGCCCGCUGGACCUCCGACCCGUGUUAUGCCUUCUAUGGUGUGGAUGGCUCGGACUGCUCGUUCCUCAUCUACCUGAGUGAGGUGGAGUGGUUCUGCCCCCCUCUGGUCUGGAGGAACCACACCAAACCCCCGACCCAGAAGACCUUCAGCAAGAGACAGGCGGCCUUCCGCGCGGACGUGGGCUCGCUCCUGGAGCAGGUGGGGACGGGCAAGGAGUCGCUCAGCUUCAUGAAGAGACGCAUCCGGCGGCUGGCCUCGCAGUGGGGCACGGCCGCCCGGCGGCUCGACCGCAAGCUGCUCGGACGCUGGAGGGAGCAGAAGAAGGUCUUGGUCCACGUGGGCUUCCUGACGGAGGAGUCCGGGGACGUGUUCAGCCCCAAGGUGCUGAAGGGGGGGCCGCUGGGGGAGAUGGUGCAGUGGGCCGACAUCCUGACCGCCCUGUACGUCCUGGGACACAACCUCAAGAUCUCCUUCUCUGUGAAGGAACUGCAGGGGUUUCUUGGCGUUCCCCCAGGAAGAGGAAGCUGCCCCCUGACAGGACCUUUGCCCUUUGACCUCAUCUACACUGACUACCAUGGACUGCAGCAGAUGAAGCAGCACAUGGGCCUCUCUCUGAAGAAGCACAAGUGUCACAUCCGAGUCAUCGACACGUUUGGCACGGAGCCGGCCUAUAACCACGAGGAGUACGCCACGCUGCACGGCUACAGGACCAACUGGGGCUACUGGAACCUCAACUCGCGGCAGUACAUGACGAUGUUUCCUCACACACCAGACAACUCGUUCAUGGGCUUUGUUUCGGAGGAGCUGAACGAGACCGAGAAGCUGAGCAUCCAGAGGAACAAGGUGGACAACAUGGCCGUGGUGUACGGCAAGGAGGCCGGCAUGUGGAAGCUCCAGGGCAAGGAGCGCUUCUUGCAGAUCCUGCACCGGUACAUGGAGAUCCACGGCACGGUGUACUACGAGACGCAGCGCCCCCCGGAGGUGCCCGCCUUCGUCAAGAACCACGGCCUGUUGCCGCAGCAGGAACUCCAGCAGCUCCUGCGCAAGGCCAAGCUCUUCAUCGGAUUUGGCUUCCCCUACGAGGGCCCGGCACCUCUGGAGGCCAUAGCCAAUGGGUGUGUCUUCCUGCAGCCUAAGUUCCGCCCUCCCCACAGCUCGCUCAAUCACGAGUUCUUCAGGGGGAAGCCAACUUCCAGAGAGUGCGCGUCCGUGCGAGAGAUCAUGCGGACCCAGGUGGAGCCCUACCUGCCCUAUGAGUACACCUGUGAGGGGAUGCUGGAGAGAGUGCACGCCUACAUUCAGCACCAGGACUUCUGCGUCCCCGAAACUCCCGCGUUUCCGGCGGCCAACGGCUCCAGGCCGUGGCCUGGGGGCCCGUCCGGCCCCUUCGUCAUCCUGCCCAACUCCACCGGGCUGGGCUGGGCCCCCAACGCCAGCGCUCCCCCCUGCUGGCCCCCGCUGAGCGCCCUGCAGCUGCUGGUGUCGGAGGAGGGCCAGUCCUGCGUGGAGGCGUGCCGACGAGGGGGACUGGUGUGCGAGCCCGCCUUCUUCCGCUUCAUCAACAACAAGGAGGCCCUCAGCCGGCUGGAGGUGCAGUGCGAAGGCCUGGAGGCGGAGCUGAACCACGUCUUCCCCGCCUUCUCCGCGCCGCAGCGGGAGUGCGGCCUGCAGAAGGAGCCGCUGCUCUUCAGCUGCGCGGGCGCCAGCGCCAAGUACCGCCGCCUCUGCCCCUGCAGGGACUUCCGCAAGGGCCAGGUGGCGCUGUGCCGGGACUGCCUAUGAUGAGGCCACCGCCCCGCCCCGCCCCGCCCAGCCCCCGCCCCCGAAAACCCUGACCCCG